UUUUAUCGACAAUUGGCGUGGGACAAGUCUUUUUGUGUUGUUGUUGUUGUUGUUUAUCAUCGUUCUAGCGGCAUUGUCUGGUGUCUGGGUUGGGGUGUCUGGCGAGAUAUGGUAUACCCGUACAAUAUUCUUUGGGAAGGGAGACAUGAAUUAAGUGAGCAAGCAAGCAAGUUUGUUUAUGCAUGCUUACAUAUAUUUGGAACUUCGCACGGCAUAUGUGCUCUUGGUGGGAUGUGGCCAUGGUAUGAUCUUGUGCUUGUGUUUGGUCUUGUGUUGUAUUCUCAUAUCGUCGUGUAUAUCAGUACGGUCAUCGUCUUACGCCCAAGCAGGAGAGUAUAGCUCAAAAACGGUAAUGUGUGAGCAAGCAGGGCAAUUAC